GGGGGAUUGGUUUGUGGUGGAGUUUAAUUGUGAUGGAAGGAUUGGUGAAGAUGAUGAAGAAGAUGAGAAGAAAGAGAUGGAGAACGAUGCGGGUGGUUCUCAUCAAGUUUUUUUUUUUUUCCUGUUUUAAUUAAUUAGAUUUUUAGUUCAUUUUUUAUUUUGAUUUAAUUUAAUGAAUUUUCAGCUUUAAAAAAAGGAAAUUGUUAACGUCCGUUAUACUUUUUUAAACGGAAGGAUUAAAGUGACGGCCGUUUGACACAUUCGGGGACCGCGAGAUGGAUAAAAUUCAUUUAGGGACGAAUGUGAAGUCGGUGGACACUUUUGAGGACCAAAGUGACCAUUUACCCAACAAAAUUGUCUUAUCAUCUUCUCACUUCUCAAUCACCUUCUAUAUGCAUGGUCCACUUCUUUAUCUCUUGUUCUCUUCAAACUCAGUCAUAUGUUUCUCUUCCUACAACAGUGCCAAAUUUUUGAUGUGACAUUUGGCUUGGUCCACCAAAGUUGGAGUAUACUUGCACUUCAAAUAAUUUCGUUAUAUAUAUUCGUCUACUCUACUGUAUAUGUAGAAUGUAGUUGAUAGAGAUAAAUAAUCCCCAUUAUUCUUCUUCCUUUAAUUUUGAGAGGGAGUAGCUGCAAUUUUCAUUCUCAGAGGAAGACAUUCUUCAAGGGACUUUGUUCUGCUCAAGAAUUUCACCUUUCUCUUGAUUUCAAUGGAGCACCGAUUUUUUACUGAGGAACCUAACAGCACCAACUAUGAGCAGAUAGACCUCACUCUGAGGCUGUCUCCAUAUGGCUCUGUUCCAGCAGCAGAGGGUGAGAAGGGUCUGGUGAGAUUUGGGGACUUGCAGACAAUGAGAAGAGUGAGAAGUGGGAAGAGACUGGUGCUGGAGAAGCAGCGAAGAGAGUAUGAACUCAAGAUGGCAUGGCAUAACUUAAAUAUGUCAUUGUUGCACAUAAGCUCUGACGUUUUAAUCUUUGCUUAUAUUGAAGAAGGAGCUAGCUCUAGCAUCCAAACAUCACCUAAGGAGGAAUAUAAUCCCAUGGUUACCCCAAAAGAAUCAAUGCUUCUGGAGAGACUUGAGCAUGUGAAUCCUCGUCUUGAGGGUGAUGAUGCAAUGGACAUUCUGAGACAAAUGCCUAGAGUGACCACUACUGGAGAUGGCCCUAAUGGGAAGAGAAUCGAAGGACUUCUUCACAAGUAUAAGGGAGGUCAAGUUUGUAUUGUGUGUGUCUGUCAUGGUAGCUUCCUCUCUCCCACUGAAUUUGUGAUGCAUGCUGGAGGAAAGGAAGUGGCUAAUCCCAUGACACACAUCACUGUUUGUUCUGAUUCCUUUUGUAUCAUUUGACAAUGUGGUGUUUUUCUUAUCCUAAGAUGUAAUGCAUGUUAAAUAUCAGCUAUUAUAAUUUUGCCCCAUGUAGCACAAUAAUUUGAAAUUUGUACUAUAAAACAUAUUUUCUGUUUGCCUUGAGGAGACACAGUUAAACAAGA